AUGACAGAACAUGACCUCUCUGCUUUGCACGGUUUCCUAGACGACCUAGACAUCGUCGAGAACGGCAACGAAGACCCUCGCGCAGCUAAACUGAAAGCUCUCUUCGAACAUGCCAAAGCCACAUACACUGCCAAAAUUGAUACUCCCACUUGGUACAUUUCCCCUGCCACCCCAUCAAUUACCACUAACCGAUUUGAUCUCGCCACCUUUACCAUUCCCAGCCCAAACGAUCUCCUCGCACAGCGCAAAGCAGAUCGAACAGGAACAACAAAUCAAGAAUGGACCGCUAACUAUCUUUAUACCGAGGGACACUUCGAGAAGUGUUUAUCCUACGCUGCUUCUUUCGCGCUGAGUAUGGGGAUAGACUUCCCGUUCGCAGAGGGAGGAAAGAAGGCGGAGGAGGGAGAUUAUGAUAGCUCUCAAAUGGCAUUACAAAGGUCGAAAGCGGAGAGGGAGAUGAGUAAGCAUUGGGGGGUGGUCAAAGAUGUUGUUGAUUCCGGUGUUCGUUCGCUCCUCUCACUGCUCAGAACGUCUUUUUUGACGAGCAUCGAAACAUGGGUACCCUCGUCCAGCUCUAGCAACAAGACGCAUCAACUCGAGAAGGUGGAUCUGAACAUCUUAGCCCGCGGCUUUCUGGCGUUUAGCAUGAGAGAAAUCCGCGUCGGAGCUGGUGAUUCUCGUUCGGGCUACUCGGGGAUGGUUCUUCCGCCCACUGCACCCUCUUCUUUUCCAAGCGUGAAUAUGGAAAAGGUGAAGUUGCAGAACUGGACUGUGACGCAUGGACUUGCACUCACAGCAGGCGAUCUUGCGCUUGAGCUUGGGUUAUAUAGAACCGCUAUCGAAGCACAUACGUUGUUCCUCGCCUGCCGAGGUCAGAUGUGGCGGGUGUUGCUCUCGCUUGCUCACGAAGUGAGCCGCUAUGCUCAAGCACUUUCUGCGCAAAACCGGGCAAGUGAGAAGAGCAUAAAAGCUUUAGAAAUAGUCGCAAAAGCGGCGGUCGUUUCGGCGCUACAAGCCGUGCCCAGACCAAGGAGGGUAGAACUGGCUAAGGGGGUGAUUGUGGAGCAUAAAGUCAUUCCGAAAGAGUGGAUUGGUAGAGCACUGAAGGGGGGUGAGGAGGAGGAGGCGGUGCUUAAGGCUGAAGACGAAUUACUCUUCAAGGGUCUACUGCAGAAUGUUACCGGAGAUCAAGGGGGGAAGCAAUGGCCGGUUGUGCCAGAAGAGAUUGGAAUAGCGUUGGUCAAGGUUGUAUUCGCAAAGAAGAGUGGGCUUUUUGCGAUUUAUCAAAAGUUCCCGACUUAUAUAAGGGAGUAUAAGGGAAGGCUGGACGCUGCCGUAGCUUACCGUAAUGGAGCUCAGGAAUGGGGAGGAGAACUUGAUGCAGCGGAAGAAGAAGAAUCGGAGAAUGGUCCACGAAGCGUUCGCACUCUCUAA